AGAGAGGGUGAGAGGAAGAGAGCGAGUGGGGGAGAGAGAGAGAGACAGAGAGGGUGAGAGGAAGAGAGAGAGUGGGGGAGAGAGAGAGACAGAGAGAGGGUGAGAGGAAGAGAGACAGUGAGAGAGGGACAGAAAGAGAGUGAGACAGAGAGAGAGAGAGAGAGAGAGAGAGAGACUGUUUGUAAUGGAUUGGCAUGGUAUAUAAUUUUUUUUCCUACUCCAACCCCUACAUCACAUGUCAGCAGCAGCAUGAUGCAUAAAAUCAUGCAGAUACAAGCCAUGAUCUUCAGAUAUUGUUCACAUCAAACAUCAGAAUAAAGAAAAAGUCUGACCCCUGUGACCUGGCACGGGUGCCGGUGGGCCGGCCGGAGCAUCGCAGAACCCUGCUGAUCUCCUGCUUUGCUUUUCACACACAAAUAUUUCUAGAGUUCAUAGAAAAUGGUGUGAAAAACAAAAAACAUCAACGAACACCUCACUGAUGAGAGAGAUGAGAGGAGAACGAUCAGACUGGUCUGAGCUGACAGGAAGGGUGUAGCUAUAUAUAACUCAAAUAAUCAGUAUUUACAGCCAUGCGGAGCAGAAAGGCAUCUCAGAACACAAAACACAUCAAACCUAGAGGUGGAUGAAGUACAACUGCAGAAGACCACAUCAGGUUCCUCUCCAGUCAGAACAAGAACCUGAGGCUAUCGUGAUAAUCCGUGAGCAGCUUACUUAAUGAGUGUGUGAAAAUAAACACAAAUAACAGGUGUCUGUGUGUUACCGUGUUUAAAUGAGGCGUCACUUCAACACCAGUGAUUCUAUAAACACACACACACACACACACACACACACACACACAGAAUGUAUAAAAGUAGGAUAAACUCCAUACUGGAACAUUUCUGACUCCCCAAUUUAAGCACCUUUAUUUCCACUGACGGAUAAAACAGCCUUCUUGUGGUUUACUGAAAGCUUGAUAGAGCUCAAACACACAAUCUGUGUUUUUGCUCACACACACACACACACACACACACACACACACACCUGACCCCAGAAAUGGAAUCCUAACCUGCUUUUUUCUAAAAGUUAGCUAACGUCUUUCAGGGCACAGCUGUAUGUGUGUGUGUUCUCGUGGACGGCACCUGUGAGAUACAGCACAACGACAGGAAGCUCUUCACAUUGCUGCCUUUUCGCCUGUGGUGUGUGUGUGUGUGUGUGUGUGUUAGCGAGUAUGUGAUGCGACCUCACUCAUAAAGAGCUGUCUCUGACGACGCACGCCCUUGUAUAGUGCCAGUUUAGGACAUCUUUUUAGCAUUUUUAUCCUAAGAAUCGUGGUGGAUAUGAGCGUGUUACGCCGUCGGUGCCUUCAAUGAAAUCAGAGGCCUUCGACUGGAAACUCAGCUGUAAAAGAGACCAUGGGGAACUGUAGCUCUUACGACUCAGACGACGGCUUCUCCUACCACCCCGAUGAUGACAUCUGCGAGCACUGCAACUGCCCCAUUGCUCCGGGGAACCAGUACGAUGACGCCAAGCUCCCGAUCAACUACACGCCCCCUCCAAUCUCGCCGUUACCAGAUAACUUAGUGGUGGCGAAGUACACCUAUAAACCGUGCCACGCUGACGACCUGGGCUUCGAGAAAGGCGAGAAGAUGAAGAUCAUCGGAGAGGAUGAUCCUGAAUGGUACAUGGCCGAGUCUCUGAUGACGGGACAGAGGGGUUACGUGCCACGCAACUUUGUGGCAAAACUCAACAGCAUGGAGACCGAACCCUGGUUUUUUAAGAAUCUCUCCCGAAACGACGCCAUGAGGCAACUGCUGGCUCCCGGCAACACACAGGGCUCCUUCCUGAUCAGAGAGAGCGAGACCACACCAGGAAGCUUCUCUCUCUCUGUGCGAGAUCUGGACCACAAUCAAGGUGACGUCAUCAAGCACUACAGAAUCCGCAACCUGGACGCCGGCGGCUUCUACAUCACCAGCAAGAUCGCCUUCACCUCCCUGUCUGAGCUGGUCAAGCAUUACUCACGAGAUUCAGACGGCUUGUGCACACGUCUGGUGAAACCGUGCCAGACGCGAAUGCCACAGAAACCGUGGUGGCAGGAUGAGUGGGAGAUUUCGCGUGAGUCACUCAAGCUGGAGAGACGACUGGGUCAGGGCCAGUUUGGAGAAGUCUGGAUGGGAUUGUACAAUAAUAACCGGAGAGUGGCUAUUAAGAGUCUGAAACCGGGCACCAUGUCCAUCAGCGCCUUCCUGGCCGAGGCUAACCUGAUGAAGAACCUGCAGCACCUGCGACUCGUGCGCCUCUUCGCCGUGGUCACACAGGAACCCAUCUACAUCGUCACUGAGUACAUGGAGAACGGAAGCCUGGUGGAUUUUCUGAAAACUCCGGAGGGGUCAAAUCUGCAAAUUAACACCCUGAUCGACAUGGCCUCACAGGUGGCUGAUGGUAUGGCCUACAUCGAGCAGAAGAACUACAUCCACCGAGACUUGAGAGCUGCCAACAUCCUGGUGUCUGAGGAACUCAUCUGCAAGAUCGCUGACUUCGGCCUCGCUCGGCUCAUCGAGAACAACGAAUACACCGCCAGGGAAGGUGCGAAAUUUCCCAUCAAAUGGACAGCUCCCGAAGCCAUAAACUACGGCACGUUCUCCAUCAAAUCAGACGUCUGGUCUUUUGGCAUCUUGCUGACCGAGAUUGUGACCUACGGCAGAAUUCCUUACCCAGGUAUGACGAAUCCUGAGGUGAUCCAGAACCUGGAGAGAGGGUACCGGAUGCCUCGUCCGGACAACUGCCCUGAGGACCUGUACGUUAUAAUGAAGGAGUGUUGGACGGAAGAGCCGGAGAACCGGCCAACGUUCGAGUAUCUGCGCAGCGUCCUGGAGGACUUCACCACGGCAACCGAGCGGCAGUAUCAGGAGCAGCCAUACUGAGGAGGCACCACCACCGACACCAACAAGAACUUCUUCUCCUUUGUGUAUAUAGCCUGAUGACCUCCUUUUUUGAGGACAGUUUUUUUUCUUUACUUCCUGUUUAAAGACCAUAAUUAUUGUCCUGUAGGUUUAUUGCUUGUUUAACAAGGCUGAGUGGAAAAAAACCCACCCAUCCAUCACCAGCCUCUUUUAUUCAUUACUGUUUCGACUCUGUGUACCGUGUGUAAUCCUGUCAGCGUUGAUCGCGUCUCUGUGUUUAGCUUAACGAUGUAUAAAUAGUCCAAAUAAAAGAACUUUAGGUUGAUUUUU